AGAUUUUGUAUUUGAUCAAAGCAGAGAGACAGAGAGAGAGAGAGUGAGGCUUUAACAAUGGCGUCUCUUUUUCACUGCUCCGCUCACUUGUCUUCAACUCCGUCUCGCUCCUCUCUUCCCACUUCAUCGCUUUCUCCUCCUCUAUCUCUCUUCCCAUCGCCGAUCACCCGUCGCAAUAGUAGUAUCGUCUUCACCGUGCUCCCACGCCAGAUUCCUCAAUCCUUCCCUACAUCCCCUUCUCUGGUAAGGUGUUGUGUAAAGGAGCCACUGAAGGUGAUGAUUUCGGGUGCACCAGCUUCAGGCAAAGGCACUCAAUGUGAGCUCAUCGUUCAAAAGUUUGGUUUGGUGCACAUAUCAACGGGGGAUCUCUUGAGGGCAGAGGUGUCAUCUGGGACAGAGAUUGGGAAGAAAGCAAAAGAGUUCAUGAACUCUGGUAGUUUGGUUCCCGAUGAGAUUGUAAUAGCGAUGGUGGCUGGAAGAUUAUCACGUGAAGAUGCUAAAAAGCAUGGAUGGCUUCUUGAUGGAUUUCCACGGACUUUUGCUCAGGCUCAAAGUCUGGACAAACUAAACGUCAAACCUGACAUUUUCCUCUUAUUAGAUGUUCCUGACGAAAUUCUAAUUGAGAGAUGUAUCGGUAGAAGGUUGGAUCCAGUGACUGGUAAAAUUUAUCAUAUAAAAAGUUACCCUCCUGAAUCAGACGAAGUUAAAGCAAGACUGGUCAUACGCCCUGAUGAUACAGAAGAUAAGGUAAAAGCACGUCUGCAGAUAUACAAACAAAACUCGGAAGCUAUUAUUUCCGCGUACUCGGAUGUUAUGAUCAAGAUUGAUGCAAACAGGCCUAGAGAAAUGGUUUUCGAGGAGACCCAGACUCUUCUGUCUCAGAUAAACCUUAAUAGGAUGAUAAAGACUGACAAAGCAUCUCCUGUUCAGGAUAACUGGAGAGGAAUACCGACGAGAUUGAAUAACAUUCCUCAUUCGAGAGAUAUCAGAUCUUAUUUUUAUGAAGAUGUUCUGCAAGCCACAGUUAGAUCGAUCAAAGAUGGAAACACUCGUCUUCGGGUAGACAUAAAUAUCCCUGAGCUAAAUCCUGAAAUGGAUGUUUACCGGAUAGGAACCUUGAUGGAACUGGUUCGAACUCUAGCUUUAUCAUUCGCUGAUGAUGGAAAAAGAGUGAAGGUUUGUGUUCAGGGGUCUAUGGGGGAAGGUGCACUCGCUGGGAUGCCACUGCAGUUGGCGGGCACUCGAAAGAUUUUAGAAUAUAUGGACUGGGGUGAUGAUGCAACUUUGGGAACUUUCGUCAAGCUCGGUGCAAUUGGUGGUAAAGAAGUUGAUGAAGAAGACGACUUAUUCAUCUUAGUGGCUCCACAAAAUGCCGUUGGAAACUGUAUCAUAGAUGACCUACAAGCGAUGACUACUGCUGCUGGUAAGAGGCCAGUUGUACUUAUCAAUCCUCGACUCAAGGACUUACCCGCUUCAAGUGGCAUAAUGCAAACAAUGGGCAGGGAAAAAAGGCUGGAAUACGCCUUAACAUUUGACAACUGCUAUGUAUUUCGGCUACUUUAUUAUGCUGGAACACAAUACCCAAUUAUGGGCGCUCUAAGGAUGUCUUAUCCUUACCGGUAUGAGCUUUACAAGAGAGUGAACGAGGAAAAUGGAAAGGAAAAGUAUGUACUGAUAUCAACAUACUCUGAAAGGCCAACCCCUGACCAAAUCAACGAUGCUUUUUCUGGAAAAUCUCGGGAGGAAAGCAAGAAGCCUUCAGGAAUCUGGGGGUUCCUAGGCAGCGGAUUUUUCUAGAACAGGGGAAGCUAAAGUUGUGAUACUAGUUUUGGCCCAUUUUAUUAGGUCUAAUGUUUUGAUGAUCUCAAUGUGGGGCACAUUAAAUAUUGUGAUUAUUACGCACACAACCAAAGAGUAACCUCACUUUGGUUCACUAUGGCCGAGAACUUAAUUCUCCAAGUUUUCAGAACCA